AUGGAUCCGGUCGCGGACCCGUCGCCGUCGCGGCGGUCCCUGAAGCGGCGGCCGCCGGCGCGGUCACCGGAGCUGUCGCCCAAGGCGGGUCCGGGAACAGGGGAAGCGGCGGCGGAGGAGCUGAUCCGGCGGGUGGAGGAGCUGGAGGCAGCGGCGGAGCGGCUGCGCGGGGAGAAGGAGGCCGCGGAGGAGGCCGCACAGGGCCUGCGGCAGGAGCUCGACGCGGAGCGGGCGUCCGCGGAGACGGCGACCAGCGAGGCCAUGCUCAUGAUCGAGCGCCUGCAGCGGGAGAAGGCCGCCGCGCAGAUGGAGGCCCGCCAGUUUAAGCGCUACGCCGAGGGCCGCGAGGACAGGGAGCGCGAGGUCCAGGAGGAGCUCGCCUCGCUCUCCGACCUCGCCGCCUCCUACCACUCCCGCCUCCAGUCCCACGGCAUCGACCCGGACUCCUUCACGGACGACGAGGAUGAGGAAUCGUACGAGGAGGUGGGCGCCGAAGACGUGGAGCAGAUCGACAUGGGCGCGAUGGAGGUGGAGCGGAACGCCCGCGACCCGAGCAGUGCCAUGGAGGUGAAAGCCAUGGUCGUCGGCAACGACCGCGAUGGGGAGGAAGAGGAGGAGGAGGAGGAGGAGGAGCCGUCGUCCCCCGUGGAGAAGGAAUUCGAGUACACGGUGGAUGUUACCUGCGCGAGCACAACGAAACCAGCUACGUCUGUGGUGGCAGAGUAUGUGGGCGACGGGAACUCGGGGGGGUUGUAUGCAAGGGUCGAGGCGCUGGAGGCAGACAGGGUGGCGCUGCGGAGGGAGAUCUCAGCGCUGCGGGCGGAGAGGGCACAGCUGGUGAUGGCCAGGGAGAUGGCGCGGCGGCUCUGCUGGGAGAUGGUUGCUGAGCAGAGGGCCAUUGUGAAGAAAGCAGUAGUCCCUGCGAGCAGUUUCUCAGUGCUCAGGAUUUGCAAGGUAUACAUUUGCUAA